UUUAAUAUGUGAUCGAUUUUACACUAAUAUUUCAUGUGUAACACUGAAGUUCGGGUAUAAACACAUUAGUAUCUUACUUAAUGUUGUUUUUAUUGACCUAACAAUUGCUUGCUAUUACGGGAUAAAUCUGCCCAUGUAUAUUGUUAGCCAUAGAUAUAGUGUUAGUUGUUGUUUAUUCGCGGCCAUACGAAUCUAUGGAUUAGGGUAUAUGAUUACUGUUCAGGCAUGAUGCCUUCCAUGAUGUCUUAUCUAUCCUGUGUUGGCAACCACUGGUUGUUACAGUAUGUUAGAUUCCGUUGCAUACAGGAUUUGAGGUAUUAUUCGGGUGGAAUAAGAACCAUUUCGGACAAUGUUGCCAUUACAUCUAGUGUUGAUAGAGACGUAGUUGCAUUUAAUAGUAAAACGCCUUCUACUGUUGAGCGUCGCGGUAGCAACCAUCGGAAUGUACCCUAUUACGGGGAGAAUGCCACAAGGCAACCUGUUCCACUCAGCGCGAGUACCGUCACGUGGGAUUCACCAAUGCAGCCUCCUGAUGCUUCUGUUGUGCGUGUUUCUUUGGUUGGCUUGCCUAAUGCGGGCAAAAGCUCAUUAAUGAAUAUGUUACUUAAUACACCGAUUGCUGCAGUAUCUCCCAAGGUAAAUACCACGAGGGAGGAUAUUAAGGGCAUCCUAUGUUCAGACAGUUGCCAAAUGGUUUUCACUGACUGUCCUGGCAUACUUGAAUCCCAUCGCAGGCGCAAGUUUUGCGCUCCAUUAGUUGACACUGCUUGGCGUGCCUAUCGCGAAUCUGAUGUUUGUCUAUUUAUUAUCGAUGCCGUCAAACGGCCACGCGCUGAGCUAUUUCGGGUGAUCCGCAACCUUGCAGGGGCAACGCCUUAUUCACUAGAUAUAGAUAGGACAUCAGAUAAAGCACUAGAUGACGACUUUGAAGAUACAUUCGAAGCUUCUUCUGAGGAUCGCAUUCCCGUUGCACUUGUUUUAAAUAAAAUAGAUUUGGUUAAACACAAGAAAUGGGUUAAAUGUCGCACAAGGGAGUUAAAAAAUCAUGGUGCAUUUGCUGAUAUAUUCUACACCAGUGCAAAACACGGUAUAGGUGGCGAGCAUAUUAUUACAUUCCUCAAGUCCAUGGCCAAAUCUGGCCAUUGGGCCUAUCCUCCUGAUAUGGUCACUACAAUGUCUAGGGUCCAGGUGGUAGAGCAGACUGUGCGCACGUACUUAUACUGCUGGUUUAACAAGGAGCUGCCUUAUCAGAUUGGACAAAAGAUCAUUGGUUGGACUCGUGUUGACAACGGUUCAUUAGUCAUUGAGAUGGAGUUGUACGUCAGGAACAAUAACGCCGCUAAGAUAAUAUGUGGUAUACAAGGCCGGCUGGUUAAGCAGAUUCAGAAGAAUGUAUCUUACAGGCUUAGCAAGAUGUGGAGCGAUACUGUUUUCCUUUAUAUACACGUAAAGGUCAAGCCGUUUUCCUAAGAUUUCCCUUCCAUUGCGAUAAAAUGAUCGAUUUCAGGUCUGCAGCAGCAUGAUAAUUUUUCCUGGAGGAAAGGUUUUAAUGACCAACAUAUAUAAACACCGUUGCGUCAUUUAAUACAAUAUCAACAUGCUAAAUACUUACAGUGUAAA